AUGCAGUCGAACGCCGCGCUGCGCCGGCACCGUGCCUCCAUGCCGGUGGGAGACUGCGCACGCCAGUGCCUGGCCGGCCCCACAGAGCCCUGCCGUGGAGGAGAAGCAGCCCGUGAGCAGUGGCAGCGCCACGUGGCCCCCACGCGUGCUGAUCUCACCCCUCCCCAGAGGAAUCAGGACAAACGGGAUCGGGGUGCCACGGGGCCCCUUGACGCUAUACCUGUGGGAGUGGCUGCACAGAGCCCCCGGGUGCCCACGCGCCCGCUCCAGAGCCAUGCCCCAGGCUGGCUCCCGGAUGGCUUUGUCCGUGUGGACCGGGACUACGUCGCGCAGGCAGCGGAGCUGGCACGGGCAGGGGGCUGCAAACACUUUGUCCUGCAGUCCUCCCGGGGGGCGAACCCGCGCAGCCACUUCCUCUACCUCCGCGUGAAGGGAGAAGUGGAGAACCUGGUCCAGGCUGUUGGUUUUGAUCGCUGUACCAUCCUCCGGCCAGCGGUGCUGCUGUGCAAGCGCCAGGAGUCCCGCCCCGCGGAGUGGAUGGCCCAGCAGUUUCUGGGUGUCGUGGCUCGGGUCUUCCCCACCGCUUACUCGGUGCCUGUGGAAACGGUGGCCAGGGCUAUGGUGGCCAGUGUGCUGCAGCCAGGCAAGGGGAAGGUGGAGGUGCUGGAGAACGGGGCCAUCCACGAGCUGGGAAAGGCAGUGCCGCAGCAGGGCACGUAG